UCCCUCCCUCUCAGUUUCUCUCUCUCUUAUAUCAAUGCUGUCUCUGUUCCCUUAACCCCUCUCUGUGUGAGAGACAGGCAGAGGCAGAGAAAGAAACACAAAACAGAGUAUCCCAUGAGACAGAGAGCUUCUCCUGAAACAAUGAGAUACAUCAGAACCAACAGCCUCAAGCGCCUCUUCUCCCUCAAACGCCGCAGCAGCUUCGACGGCGACGUCAAUGGCAGCGGCAUCCCCAGCCCCACCAGCCUCGGCACCCGCGGCAAAGAUCGGGAAAACUCGGUGCCGGAGAUAUCCGACCAGAAGAACCAAAAUAAUAAUGGCGAUGCUCUGCCUGCCGUGGCAGCAGAGGACCCCCAGAGGAGACCCUCAUGGAAGUGCUUCUCCUACGAGGAGAUUUACGUCGCCACCGAUGGGUUCAGCCCAGAGAAAAUAGUGGGCAAAGGAGGCUAUGCCGAGGUAUACAAGGGAGUCCUCCUAAAUGGGGAGGAGAUCGCAGUGAAGAGGCUAACGAGAGGGUCGAGCGAUGAGAGGAAAGUGAAGGAAUUCUUGAUGGAGAUCGGAACUAUCGGUCACGUUAAUCACCCGAAUGUGCUUUCCCUGCUCGGCUGUUGCAUUGACAAUGGGCUGUACCUCGUCCUCCAGUUCUCUUCAAGAGGCUCCAUUGCCUCUCUUCUCCAUGAUGAGAAUUUGCCCACAAUUGAUUGGAAGACAAGGUACAAGAUUGUGAUUGGGACCGCAAGGGGGCUGCAUUAUUUGCACAAAGGUUGUCAGAGAAGAAUAAUCCACAGGGACAUCAAGUCCUCCAACAUCCUCUUAACUGCCGAUUUCGAGCCCCAAAUUUCAGAUUUUGGACUGGCAAAAUGGCUGCCCUCUCAAUGGACCCAUCAUUCAAUUGCUCCAAUUGAAGGCACAUUCGGGCAUUUGGCACCAGAAUACUUCAUGCAUGGAAUAGUGGAUGAGAAGACAGAUGUGUUUGCCUUUGGCGUUUUCCUAUUGGAAAUCAUUUCCGGCCGAAAACCCGUGGAUGGGUCUCACCAAAGCUUACACAGCUGGGCAAAGCCAAUAUUGACACAAGGGGACAUUGAGAGGCUGGUGGAUCCGAGGUUAGGAGGGGCCUACGACGUCGUACAGCUCAGAAGGUUCGCCUUCGCAGCGUCUCUUUGCAUCCGGGCUUCUGCCACGUGGCGCCCCACCAUGAACGAGGUAUUAGAGGUAAUGGUAGAAGAGAAGACGGAUAAAGAGAGGUGGGCUAUGCCGGAAGAGGAAGAAGAAGAUCAAGAAGAGUUCUGGGGUUUCGAGGAUUUAGAAUGCGAAUGUGAUAGCUCCUUCUCUUCAUCGAUUUCGCCCGAGGACUCUAUAUCUACUGAAAGUUCCCGAAAUUGAAAAGAAAAGAAAAAUAUAAGAAGAUUAGAUGCCCAAAAUGUUAGUAACUUUUUUGGUUCCACUUGUAAAUAUAAAAUUAUGUAAUGUUGUAUCCUCUUAAAGGCGCAAAAGGGUUUUUGUUGUAGCUAGAAAUCAAUAGUACCUAGUCCAUACGAAGUUAUAUAUAGAUUAGUGCUAGCGCGAAUAUUCGACUGUAAUUUUCUGAACUUCUUGUGCGGAAAGUAUAAUGAUAAUGACUGCUCAAGUCAUGACGUA